CUAACUAACGAACCAAUAGGUGGAUUAAUCAAUGAGUUCAGCCCGAGUAGGCGGCCGCUCUUUGUGACGCACGUGACGCGCGACGACCUGCUGCUCGGCUACCUGGCACAGCACCAGCGGCUGAUUAGCUAAUUAGGCUGGUUAAUUAGUUAAUUAGUUAAUUAGGCUACCUGGCACAGCACCAGCGGCUGAUGACGGCGCAGAGCGGCGCGGUCGACGGGCCGCGCGACUGGGCGGGCGCGAUGGUGCUCAGCACAGGCGCCUCCAAGGGCUUCCCGGACAAGGAGGCCUUCCCCGACGACACGGAGCCGCUGACGUACCUCACCCAGAUGGCGAAGGACUCGAAUGCGCCGGUCCUCAUCACGCGCUACGGCACCCUCGACGCGCUCCACAUCAUCGAGAGCUACACCGCGAAGCACUCGAUCCACGACACGGCCCGCGUGAGCGCGGCGGUCGCGCACUAUGAGCCAAACAUCGACUUUGACGCGCUGCUCCAAGGCUGAUACAUCCCUCCGUUUAAUUAUUUGUUUAAGCAGUCGUUAGCCUGUCGUUAGCGUUUCAUUCUUCAUAGCAUGUAAGGUAAGGUAAGAGGUACGUC